AUGGACAGCGUUCCCGAAGAGCUUCCCAGUUACACAAGCUCCAUUGCCAUCGAAGGCAUAUUCCACAAGAAACAUGAGAUUGAAGACACCACCAAGCGCGCCGAAGAUCGUCAGUGGCAUACCGUCGCUGUUGCCCUCAACGGAACAGCCCUGAGCAUCUACAACACCAAGAAGGACUGGGGCUGGGGCAAGGCGCGUGAUGGCCCCUCAAUCAGUCCAGACAACCCUCCUUGGAUUAGGAAGGCCAAAUUAGAAAAGACGUACAGCCUCUUGCACGCAGAUGCUGGUAUUGCCGCCGACUACAAGAAACGUCGCUACGUUAUCCGAGUGCGAGCUGAGACGGAUCAGUUUCUUUUGGCCUGCAUCGAGCUCAGCACCUUUGUCAAGUGGCUCGAGUGCUUGUUUGCGGCUAUUGAUGUGGCAGCCCCCAUCGAUGAGCGAGAUUUCCCACGCGACAUGUCUAUUCCUCGCAUCCAGCGGAUUCGGUGGUACCACGCCGAGGGCUCGACUGAUCCUUUUGAUGCUUCGGGGCAACGACCUUCAUCUCCUCCGCCACUACCAACUCCAACGCCCGCCCCGUCACGGCCUCGCCCUCAGGAGGAGAAUCAAGACAUUGAAGCUGCAGGGCCGCAUUUGAGGAUCGAUCCGAGGAAUGAUCCAUUUCACCCGCUUACCACGUCUAUGUCCCAAAAUCCAUCUAUCGACCCCCACACGGGGAAGUGGUUUCCUGAACACCAGUGGUCUACCGCUCACGACUUGUUGUACGCCAAGCUGUGCUACAGUAACUUGUUGUUUCGAAGUCCCCGCAAAUCAAACUACAUCAUCAGCAAAGGGAAGCAGUGGUUCGUCGACUGGGGUACGGGUAGGAUGGUGCGCGUGCUUCCCCCGGCAUACGGCGAGACAGACUUCUUUGGGCCCUGGCAGGUUGUCCAUACGGAAAAUAGGAGGAUAUAG